AUGGUACUGCCUGAACAGGUCGCUGAAGCAAAGCGGAUGUAUCAUGUAAUACAGAAAAAACACUUCACAUUUGAUACAUGUUGGGAUAUUUUGCGCCGAAGUUGUAAGUGGGAUGAAUUUCGAACACAAUCCAAAAAGAGUACGCAACAUGCUUAUCCAUGUUCUAAUCCACCAACUGGAGAAUCUGAUGCAUUUCAAUCCAACCAGAAUAAUGUUCUGCACGAAGAACCAUCUAAUCCAUCAACACGACCAAUUGGUACUAAAGCAGCGAAAGAGAAGUUGAAGAAUCAAACAACCCACGAUAGUAGAUUUUAUGAAAUGGCUGCCAACCAAUCCAAACUGGUUGAAGUGUUAUCAACUAUUUCUGCUAGAACUAUUGAGCGAGAUGAACAAAAGGCGAUCGACCGUAACCAGAAAGCUGCAGACCGUCGAAGAAGGGCCGAAGAUAGGGAGGAACAACUAAAACUCCUAUCUAUGAUGAAUGAAAGAGAACAACGAAAUGAAGAUCAUAAAAUAAUGUCAAUGGACAUGACAAAUUUAAAUCCAAUGCAAAGGGCGUACUACGAAGAUCUUCAACGACAGAUUUUAUUUCGAACAACUAAUAGAUUACCUUGA